AAGGAGGGAUGUAGAAAAACAGAGAGCGUGACAAAUUUCCACAUUCAGGGGUAAGAAUGUAAAAUGGAGACAAGAGGGAAGAAGUUAAAAACAAUAAAGAGGACACACAAGUUUCAGGUGGUAUAAGCAGAAUCGAUGCAUUUGUCUUUGAGGUAAAAACAAUGACUGCAGAUGCUGGAAACCAGAUUCUGGAUUAGUGGUGCUGGAAGAGCCCAGCAUUUGUCUUUGCCAGACUGAAAUGUCACCAUGUUGUACAACCACAAGACUAAACUCCUCACCACAUCCGGGUGUGUUCUUUGGUAAUGUUACCUUGCUGGGAAGUGACACACGGGUUACCAGGAAGUGACGUCGUACCGGAACAAGCGGGAUGCGGACGGUGUAGCUGGUGGAGAGAGCGAUAACAAAGUGAACGGUUAAUUCUCACAAGUGACAGUCCGGGACUGACCUAAACAAUAAGAAAGGAUAAAGGUGUUAAAAAUUUGGAAAAGGACGUCAGCAUGGAACAUACUGCAAAAGAAACCACAGAUAGCUCUGAUCUCAGUGAUGGUGGCAUUCUUUCCAGAAUGGCCCUCAAUGACAACAAAGCUGGAAUGGAAGGGUUGGAUAAAGAAAAGAUUAACAAAAUAAUUUUGGAAGCAUCUAAGGGAUCAAGGUUUUAUGAAAAUGAACGCAAGAAAGAGCAACAGGUGAACCAGCGAAUUGAGAAAUUGUUACAGCAGAAAGCACAAAUUACAGAGCAACAUCUAAAGAAGAAGCAACACCAGGUGGAGCAACUUGCAAUUGAACUGGAGAAGAGCCGUGACCUUAGUCGCACGAUUGUACAUAUUGACAUGGAUGCUUUUUAUGCUGCUGUGGAAAUGAAAGAUGCCCCAGAGCUGAAAGAUAAACCAAUGGCUGUUGGAUCAAUGAGUAUGCUGUCAACAUCAAAUUAUCAUGCCAGGAAAUAUGGAGUACGUGCAGCCAUGCCUGGAUUUAUUGCUAAGAAACUCUGUCCAAAUUUAAUUAUCAUUCCAACAAAUUUUGCUAAGUAUCGAGCAACAAGUAAGGAGGUACAAGAGAUACUGAUGGAUUAUGACCCCAAUUUUAUACCAAUGAGUCUUGAUGAAGCCUACCUAGAUAUAACAGAACAUUUACAACAAAGGCAAAACUGGCCUGAACAUAAACGGACAUACUAUUAUCAUGGAGAAGGUGAUUCGAAAGUAAAAGAGAACAUGGAGAAUUUCCAGCGAUCCACUGAAGAUUUAGGAGACAUUUCACCAAUACUUUUUGAAGACAGCCCUCCCGUAUUGUUACAGCAGGGGUCAGCUCAGAUUGAAUUGCCGCAGACAGAUCCUUACCUGCAAACCAAUGGAAAAGAGUCACAUCAGAAAGACGUGAUUGUGUUUGGUGUUACAGCAGAGGAAGCUGUUAGAGAAAUGCGUUUUAGGAUUGAGCAGAAGACAAAAUUAACAGCAAGUGCAGGAAUUGCACCAAACAUGAUGCUGUCCAAAGUUUGCAGUGACAUGAACAAACCAAAUGGUCAGUAUCGAAUUCCAGCAGAGAGAGAUGCUGUGAUGGAUUUUAUAAAGAAAUUGCCUAUUAGAAAGGUACCUGGUAUAGGAAAAGUGACAGAAAAGAUGCUGAAUGCAUUAGGAAUCACUACAUGCACUCAAUUGUACCAGCAGGGGGCCUUGCUUUCCAUCCUUUUCUCUGAGAGCUCCUCAUAUCAUUUCUUACAGAUCUCACUUGGUCUGGGUGAGAACCACCUUGCAAGGUAAAUACCUACUUUAAAUGCUUUAAAGAAAGCUGUUAUACACACCUUAAACCAACUGAUGAUUGUGCAGACGUUGUGACGAUUGAAUAUGCUAAAGAGCCAUGUCGCAGUGAUUAUAAAACAUGCCUUGUAGUUAUUCUUUUGAACAUAUUUACAUGCCAUCCUUUCCCUGCAGCCCAGCAAUCUUUUUUAAGUUUAGGUGCUGAUU